AUGAAAUGAUUACUUCCCUCAAAGCAAGAUUUUCUUAACUCUGAGCAAACUCAUAUUUGCUGCAUCAUUAGUAUCGAAAGUUCUUCGAAUUCCUUUUACUUAUUAGACACAAAUAUUAAAGCAGGAUCUAUCUUAAAAUCAGAAUUACAUCUUCCAUUCACAUCCCUAAAAAAUUUUUGCAUUUGCAAUCUCCCUGAUAAUGAAUUUUUUGCUUUUACGAAUGCAAUGGAUUAUAGUUAUGACUUCAAUCAAGAAAAUUUUGAAGAAAGACUUGUGUUUAUUAUCGAUAAAAAUCGGGAAAUCCGCAUACUAAAGUCCACAUUUCCAAGCUAUGGGGCGUCUUCUGUAUAUCAUAAUGGAAUUGUUUAUGUAUUUUGCGUUAAUUAUUCAGGAGAGCCAGGAGAAGGGCCAGAAAAAUUUAUCAUCAAGGAAAAUCGAUGAGUCAAAUUACCGCCAUUUCCUGAUAUCCCAGAUUAUUCUUGAUGCUGCGAGUUUUUCAGCAUGAUUUUAGUAUCAAGUCUAGGGAAUUCUAUUGUUUAUUUAUACGAUAUUUAUAGCAAUUCAUAUUCGGAUUUGCCUUUAAACUUGUCAGAUUCAUCAGCAAAAUUAAUUUUUAAACACAAAGAAAAAGCAUAUUUAAUUGAGACAAAAGGGAAUUUAUAUGAAAGUGGCUGAAAAGAUCCUUAUGAGUGAAAAAUUUCUUGUAAAGCAGAUAGUCCUUUUAGAAAUGAAAUGGUCUAUUUUGUGUCAAAUACUUUAUAUAAUGAUUCUUGAUACUUUAGUCAUGAUAAACUAGUGUAUCAAUUUAAGUUAAAGAAUAAAAGGCUCAAAGUUUUUAAAGAGCUCAAUCUUUAA